UCUCUCAGCCAGAGGAUGCCGAGCCCUUGCACACAGGAGAGCAUUUAUAACCUCCUGCCCCGCCUGGAAGAGAAGCCUGUCAAACCUCCCAGGUAUAUAUCCACAUUUAGACCAUCUGUGAAACGGGAGGCGCAGGAAAAUAAAGCUCAGUGCAAAACUAUGGGACCAGCAAAAGUUGCAGUGCCAUCUCCAAAGAAUUUUCUGCAGAAACAUUCAAAGGAACCCAAGCUUCCAGCAAGACAAAAGGAACAGGAUAAGAAAUUGCCUUCACUGUCAGUGCCACGGAGGACAGAUCGCCCAGUUAUGGGAAUUCAGAGUAAAAAGAACUUCAUAAACGCAAAUGCAGUUGCUGCUAUCACAAGAUUGCCUAAAAAGCCUCAACCUAUUUAUGUUGAUAGAAGACAGGGAGAUAAAUAUCUGCUUGAAACUUCAGGACUUGUUCCAAAAUACAUUAAAAAAAAGGAUUUUGGUAGGACACCAAAAUAUGUCACAAAGAGAAAUGAAGAAGAGAGGAGAGCUCAGGAAGAAUAUGAGGCCAGUAUCUUGGAGACUCUCAAGAAAAGAGCCAUGAAGCGGCUGUCUGAUGAGGAAAGGACAAGUCUUCUGCAGGGGCUGAGAAGGAACUGGAAGGAAGUCUACCAUGAAUUUCAACGUCUUCCAGUACAAAUAGACACCAUACCCAAGAAGCUAAAUAAAGAAAAGCUGGAAACACAGAUGAAACAACUGGAGCAUGACAUAGAAGUAAUUGAGAAGCACAAAGUUAUCUACAUUGCAGAUGAGUAAGGACUGCUUUUCAGAUAUUGCCUCUUUCCUCCCUUUCUUUUUCUCAAUCCCUACACCUCCACAAAGUGUCCCUCUAAAUUCUCAGAAGAAAUUGGCACCACCAACUACUCACAAGUAAAAUAUUCAACUAAUAAAAGUAUGUAGCUUCUUAGAAAAGUUAUUACUUUUAGCUUUCAUAUAUAAACCACAAUUAAAUUCUUCAUUUAACUUCAAGUAUAAUUAAUAUAUAUAUUUAAUCUGUUAUUCUUUGUAAUUUUAUUAACUGGUAAGAUUACUAUCAACAUCAUACAUAAAAGCAUAAAAAUUACU